AUGGCGGUGCUAGAAGAUCUUCUUGACAUCCGCCAUGGCAAGGGUGUGGUAGGCAAAUGGUCAGCUGCCUGGUUUUGCUUGCGGGGGAGUUCCCUGGAGCAGUACCCCGUGGACAACGGUCAGAAGCAGGGCGAUGAUCCUGUGCAGGUUUACAACCUCCUAGAGGUUCCAGACUUGGCAUGGGAUGAUGCCCGCAAUGAAAUCACUUUCCAGUCGGGCAAGAUCCGACUGCGCAGCCUACAGGGCAUGGCAACUCUUCAAAAGUGGUUUCAGCAGAUGCAGCAGGGCACGAAACCUGAAGAGAAGCCUGCGGCAGCCGAAGCGCCUGUGGAGAAGUCGGAGAAGCAGGCUCGCUUCGAGCCCCCGCCGCGGGACAGCCAAACGAGUCUCGAGGAGAAGUCCGAGGAUGGCGCGAAAUCUCCAGCUUCUCCUCGCACGAGGAAAAGCUUUGCUGUACAGAAGGCUGGGGAGCACGUGGAUCCCAAGCUGGCCUCGAGCAUGUCUCGGGCGACGCAGGCACUCCUCACGAUUUUCUACCAGCUGGAUCACCGUAAGCUACGAACCGUGGACUUCAUGCGGCAGAUGGUGAGCACUCACCCAGAGGGUCUGGUCAACAAAACGGAGUUCCGCCGUGGGUUGGAGCAACAUCUCGGGUUCACUUGCAGCAACGAUGAGUUCAAAGAGCUCAUUCGUGUAGUCGGCGGGGCUGACGAGUUGAUCUCUACCAAGGAACUGGACCGAGCCAUGAAGAAGGCAGCUCGAGGUGAAGACGUCCUGGUUGAGGAGCAGGUGGAAGAGAUCUUGGACAAUGCAAUGCUGCAGGUCGAUACAGUCAUGCACAUCUCGAGCAUGAACGCCACCGAAGGGAUGUACAUCGCUCGCGCCCGAUGGAAAGGUGAGGAUGGCAAAGGGCCCAAGACGGAUGCGCGGCCUGGAAGCAUGAGCGGACCCGCAGCCGAAGACUGUCCGAUCAGGCAGCAGCUAAAGCUCAUCGGGAAGAAGGAUGCCAACGUCGCCGUCCUUAGCAUCAUUGGGAGGCAUGGCUCGGGCAGUGAGGAGGAACUGGUCGGAACAUGCGAGAUAGACGUCCAGGAUCCGAAGCAUCACGAAGUUCACAUUCUUCCACUGCUCAAGGAAGGUGAGUCGACUGGGGCGACUGUCCGCUUGCGAGUGAAGCUGAAAUCUCCUGAGAUCGGAGCUUUGCGGAAGCAGGCCUCGCAGGUGUCCCUGGCCCGAUCGGAUUCACACAUUGCAUCCAUCGGGUCGCCCCGACAGAAGAAGGACCCAGAAGAAACGCAGAAACGAUUGGACCUCCUCCACCAGCUUCACGCCGACAAGCAAAAGCGGUUAGAGGAGCGACGGCUGCGAGAACAAGAGGAGUAUGCGAGCCGAUUGCAAGAGGAGGCCCAGAAGCUCCGGAGCAAGAGCGUCAAGCAGGCGGAUCUCUGUCCCCGCGCAGCGGCUGAGCGCUUGUAUCGGGACAGCAAGGCUCGCCAGCGCCGGCGUCGUGAGCAUCAGUUGAACACCUACCACGAGGAUGAGCAGGUCAUCCUACGGUCCAAGGAGGAAAGCAAGCGCUUCUUCAGCAAGUCUCACUCUGAAGCUGCCAACGAGAUGGUGUCGUCCGUGAACGCCGGGAACCGGCUUCACGACCACGCCCUCAACAAGCAGAUGCAGCUGCGUGAGAAGAUCAAAAAGAAGAGCGAGGAUGAGGUGAGGGAAGCGAAGGAGAUGGCUGAUCGUGGGGCGUCUAAGCGCAGCAGCAGCACCGGGUCACUCACGGCUCAGCAUCGCCUCUACCACCAGGCCAUGGACAACAUGAAGCAGCAGAGUGAGCUCCGGCGGGCCAAGGAGGCGGAGGAGCACCUGAAGUUUCAGAAAGCGGUCGUCGGCCAUGGUCGCAGCGGCAACUCCAAGCGCUUCGAAGAGCUUCACCAGGAGCAUGUAACGCGGGAUGUGGAGCGAAACAAACUCCGGGAGGAGCAGAGGCGCCGCGAGGAGGACAAGGUCAACAGGGAGAUCGAGAAGGGAAGGCAGCUCGCACGGCAGAACCUGCUCAAGAGGAACAUCGUGCGACCGAAGACGCCAAUACCUUGGCACGAGCGUCUUUAUCCUGACAAAAAGGUGGGGCCAAAGGAUGAAACGCUGAAGCCCCAGAAGCACCUGGGUCUGAAAGCGCUCAGGGCCAUGUUUCCUCAAGGCCGCAACAGUUGA